AUGGCACCAGCCAACUCCGUCAACCUCGAUGCUGCAAAGAAGGGCAAGAGAUCCAACUCCAAGGAUGAGAGAAAUCAAAGCAAUAAUAAGCACGAACUUCGUACCGCCGACGAGGCCAAGCGCAAGCACGAGGACGGGCAGGAGGGGAAGGAGCACGGCAAGAAGCCCAGGAGGGAGAAGAAGGCUACAGGGACAGGGGCUGGUGCGGGUGCGGGUGAGGUGAAGCGGGGAGACGGGAAGAUGAGGCGGGCGAUGGAGGACGAGCGAUUCGCGCCGGCGCGGACCGACCCGAGGUUCCGGCCGAUGCGGCGGAAAGACGCGAAGGUGGCCCUCGACUCGAGGUUUAGCAGCAUGCUCACGGACCUGAUGUUCGCUUCGUCGGAGGCGCCGGUGGACAAGCGCGGCAGGCGCCGCAAGAAGGGCGCCAGGGAGAACCCCCUGCUGCAUUGUUACCUCGACCGAGAUGAAGGGAUUGAGAAGGAGAAGGGAAACAAGGAGGACAGGAAGCUGACUCAUGAAGAGGGAGAUGAUGAUCUGGAAGAAGAGGAUGGGCAAGAUGAAGAACAGAGUUCUAGUAGCGAUGACGAGGAGGAGGAGGGUGUGGGGGACGAUCACCAGAACUCUCUUGGCAAUGACAUUUCUCAUUACUUGAUGGCGAGGCAUGAUGAUACACCUAUGAUUGACAAGGAAACUCACAGGCUUGCUGUUGCUAAUAUGGACUGGAAUCAUAUCAAGGCGGUGGACUUGUAUAUGGUCAUGAAAUCUUGUAUACCAAAAGGUGGGCGAGUUCUAUCAGUGACAAUAUAUCCAACAGAAUUUGGACUGAAGUGUAUGGACAUUGAGACAACUCAAGGACCUUCUGCUCUUCUUGGUGCCAAUGGCGAUGAUGUUGGUGGGGAAUGCAAUAAAAACGAAAAUGAAGACGAUGAUGGCAAUGACGAUGAUGGCAACGACGAUGAUGGUGAAGAAGAUAGUGACCCUGACUCUGAGACUGAGAACAAUAAGCUCCGUAAUUAUGAGCUAAACAGACUGAGGUACUACUAUGCAGUUGUGGUGUGUGAUUCCAGUGCAACUGCAGAUCACCUGUACACGACUCUUGAUGGUACUGAGUUAAUGAAAACUGCAAAUGUGUUUGAUUUGCGGUUCAUUCCUGACUCUAUGGAGUUCAAACAUCCUGCUCAUGAUGUAGCUACAGAGGAACCUCCGAAUUACAAGGAGCCUGAUUUUGAGACUCCUGCUUUGCAACGUAGAAAAGUUAAGCUCACCUGGGAUGAUGAUGAACCAGAUCGUAAGAAGAUCUUGGGGCGGAAGUUCAAAGAGGAUCAGUUAGAUGGCAUUCGUGUAUAUUUAGCAGGCAGUGACAGCGCAUCAGACACUGAUGUAGACGAUUCUGGUGAUGAGUCCCUGACAAAUGGUGUAGCAAAAAUAAAGUUAACAAAUAAGGAACGGUUGGCUCGUUUACAACCAGGAGAUAAAUCUGAUGAGGAACAAACUGAUGACCAGGACAUGGAGAUAAUAUUCAACACAGAGCUCGAGGACCUCAGCAAACGUGUCCUUGAGAGAAAGAGCACCAAGACGAAGACUGUCUGGGAGAUGCACCAAGAAAAAAUGAAGGAGAAGCGGAAAGCUAGGAAGAGGUUGUCAAAGGAUGAUGAUGACUAUAGCGACGAAGAUAGUGCUGAUGAAAAGGAUGAUUUCUUUGAUGAUGAGAAGUCUGAUGAAGAAGCUAAGCCAAUCAAGAAACAGAAGUUGAAGGCCAGAGGUAAAGGAAAUGGCAAGUUUCCAGAGAAACAUUUUGAGCGUGAAGCAACUAGAGAAGAGUUGGAGCUCUUGGUUGCUGCUGACCAGGAUGCAGCUAAUGUUGCAAAGGGUUAUAACAUAAAACGCAAAAGUAAAAAUGGCAAAAGGGGCAAGGAUUCGGUCACGGACAAACUUCCUGAAAUCGAUCUUAGCAAGGACCCGAGGUUCGAGGACAUGUUCACAUCUCAUCUGUAUGCAUUGGAUCCUACUAAUCCCCAGUACAAGAGGAGCGCCACCUUCAUGCGAAAACAGCAUAGGAAGAAGGAUGCGCAUGCGGGCACAUUGGAUAAUGAACCACCUGCGGAGGAACCAUCUCUGGAAAAUACAAUGCCACCUUAUAAUGCAUCUGCUAAGGACGCCAAUCAGAAACAUGUUGGGGCGUCCACGGAGAAACUGCAGAUGCUUACUGCUGUCAAAUCUCUCAAGAGGAACCUUACUGCGUUCAAAAAAAAAGUAAGCAUGAGUGACCGAUAG